AUUGCAUUUAUUUUCGCUUCGCCUAAACUCUUACGGGUUAGAUUUGCAGACGACCUGUCUCGUCUCUGAGCGAACCCAUUUCUUCGUCCUCUGAACCGGAAAUUUCAUCAAUUCGUAAAGAAGAGGAGGAGGAGGAAUUGGAGAGAUUCGAGGACACAGGAUUCGAUUCAUAGAAAUUGGCCACUCUUUGUGUUUCUGAUCAAUAAUUGAUGUCCAUUUCCAUGGAGGUUCCUAGCUCGUGGGAUGCUCUUCGAAAACAGGCAAGGAAACUUGAAGCUCAGUUGGAUGAGCAGAUGAAUUCUUUUCGAAAACUGGUUUCCACAAAGGGUUCGACAAAUGAUGAUACUGCAGGAAGUGAUGUUGAAUCCGGGAUAGAACGUCUGUUAAAUCAGCUACAACAAGUGAAUUCACAGAUGCAAGCUUGGGUCUCAUCAGGUGGUUCUGAAAUGGUAUCCCAUACCUUGACUAGACAUCAAGAAAUUCUUCAAGAUCUUACGCAGGAGUUUUAUCGUCUUCGCUCUAGCCUCCGAGCCAAGCAAGAACACGCUUCACUUCUAGAUGACUUCAGGGAGUUCGAUCGAUCAAGACUUGAAUUGGAAGAUGGUCUGGGAACUGCAGAACAAACCCUUAUAAAGGAGCACGCAUCUAUCAGCCGUAACACAGGACAGGUGGAUAAUGUGAUUUCACAAGCUCAAGCAACCCUAGGUGCACUUGUCUUCCAGCGGUCAACCUUCGGUGGGAUCAACUCGAAGCUUAGUAACGUUAGCAGUCGCCUCCCAUCUGUAAAUCAUAUUCUUGGAGCAAUAAAGAGGAAAAAGUCAAUGGACACAAUCAUACUCUCCCUUGUUGCGUCCAUUUGCACAUUUCUGAUCUUCAUCUACUGGUUGACCAAGUGAGUUGUGAUUAUGUUCUAGGCAACUGGGUUGAUUAUGUUGCAGCUCAUCCUUUCUUACCUACUCUAUUUGUAAACAAAAUUUCCCAGUAAUUCAUUAAAUAUUUUUCGUAAUGUCACUGAACUUCAAUACCUUGUUCGGGGCGGGGUGGCGUGAGAGGGUGCAGCUUAAGUAAUCUAUCUAUACCUGGCUGGGGAAUGAAGUUGGUCCUAUAACUACAACCACUGUCAUUUAUAUUUAGUCAUCUGCAAUGUUGCUUCUGAAACACCUCAUUCUAUUGUAGAUUUAAAUUUUGUUGUUGAAAUUUGGUUCGUAAGUUGUAAGAAAUUUUGUCCCAUCGAGUCGAGUCGGAAUUCAUGGGGAUAGUUCAUCGAAAUAGAAAUAGUGAAUUAGUUUGUGUGUA